CCGAUUUCCGAUCGCUAUAUAAAAGACCUAGGAUUUCGAAAUUUUUCCCUCCCCCUCCCCCUUCGCGCGCGCGCUCUCUUCCCGCCCUUUUUUUUUCCUUCUUCUUCACCGGUGGGAUUGAUUCGUGGGGUGCGGAUCUGGUUUUUGGGGGUGUGUAUGGCGGCGGCGGAGGCGGCGGCGGAGGCGGCGGCGGCGCUGGAGGGGAGCGAGCCCGUGGACCUGGUCAAGCACCCCUCCGGCAUCAUCCCCACGCUCCAAAACAUCGUGUCGACGGUCAAUUUGGAUUGCAAAUUAGACCUCAAAGCUAUAGCUUUGCAAGCACGCAAUGCAGAAUAUAAUCCAAAGCGUUUUGCUGCAGUUAUCAUGAGAAUAAGAGAACCGAAAACUACAGCUCUGAUAUUUGCAUCGGGUAAAAUGGUAUGUACUGGGGCAAAGAGCGAACAACAAUCAAAGCUUGCAGCAAGAAAGUAUGCUCGUAUUAUCCAAAAGCUUGGCUUUGCUGCUAAGUUUAAGGACUUCAAGAUUCAGAACAUUGUUGGUUCUUGUGAUGUUAAAUUUCCAAUCAGGCUGGAGGGACUUGCAUAUUCUCAUGGUGCUUUCUCAAGUUAUGAGCCUGAACUCUUUCCUGGUCUGAUAUAUCGGAUGAAGCAACCGAAGAUUGUUCUUCUGAUUUUUGUUUCAGGCAAGAUUGUUUUGACCGGAGCAAAGGUGAGGGAUGAGACGUAUACCGCCUUUGAGAACAUAUACCCUGUGCUAACAGAGUUCAGAAAAGUCCAGCAAUGAUAACCUAUGGAGGUCACAACUACAACGCUUCCUUGAGGAUUUUGCUGCCUUGUAACUGCUAAUUUUAAUCUGUACAUAUAUGUAGUCUGGAGGGGCGUACAGCAUCUUGUAAUUUAUGUGAGCCCCUGGAUGAAUGAGCACUGUAGACUUGUAGCUGGGUGAGUAUGUUGUUAGUAGUCUCUUGUGGCAUGGAGUUCAGUCCAACCGAUCUGAUGGAGUUUUCGUACGUUUGUAGCCCUUGCCGAUCUUUUUCCCUUUUCUUCCCAAUAGACAUGUUGCUAAACUUUUACUAACUUGUUAACAGACAGACAGAAUGAUAACAUGGACUGUGGAUGCUUAGCGUUUGUGGCCGAAUAACAUGGACUGUUGGGUA